AUUAGCCUGUGGCCAACGACAAGUGAGCCCUGGAACAACAUAAUGUUGGACAUUUCCGUCUCAGCUUGGGAGCAUCGAUCACAGAUAAAUUCAGCUCCGGGCCUUUAUAACCUUUUUGGCCCUGUGAUAAUUCUGAAGAGAGAAAGAACAGUGGGUAGCUGAGAGAGAGGGAGGGAGGAGAGGGAGGACAUGGCCAUGGAGAGUGAGGAGGGCACUGUGACUAUGAGUGCCCACCAAGAAGCGCCGGCGCCGGCCAUGAAGGGAGGAGAAGGAGGAGGAGGAGGGAGGAAGAGGAGGAGGAAACAGAGGAGGGGAGAAGGAGGGGAGAAGAAGAAGAAGAAGUACGCCCUGGUGAGCUACCACGAGCUGCCGGAGUACAUGAAGGAGAACGAGUUCAUCCUCAACUACUACCGCUCCGAGUGGCCUGUCCUCAAUGCCUUCCUCAGCCUCUUCUCCUGGCACAACGAGACCAUCAACAUCUGGACGCAUCUUCUUGGGUUCGUGCUGUUCUUCGGCCUCACCCUGGUGCAUCUUGGCCAGUACUUCCCCCAGGUGGCUGAUCUGAUAGGGCACCUUUCCUGGCCAAUCGCAAAGGUUGCUGAAAAUGUCUCCAGCAAUAUUGGGGAUGUCUUAUCUGGUGCGGCCUUGUUCAUACAGACGAACCCUGCCCUGGCCUCCUACGGCAUGGCCGUGACGUCGCAGACGACGAGGUGGCCGUUCUUCGUGUUCCUUGCGGGCGCCAUGUUCUGCCUGCUGAGCAGCAGCGCGUGCCACCUGCUGUCGUGCCACUCGCACCGGCUGAACCUGUUCCUGAUCCGCCUAGACUACACGGGCAUCGCGGUGAUGAUCGUGGUGUCCUUCUUCCCGCCCAUCUACUACAUCUUCCAGUGCGACCCGCACUGGCAGGUGGUGUACCUGUCGGCGAUCACGGCCGCGGGGGUGGCGACCGUGUACGCGCUCAUGUCCCCGCGCCUGAGCGCGGCGCGGUACCGCGCCCACCGCGCGCUGUUGUUCGUCGGGAUGGGCCUGUCGGGCGUCGUCCCGGCGGUGCACGCGGUCGCUGUGAACUGGCACGAGCCCCGCCGGAACGUGACGCUGGCGUACGAGGGCGCCAUGGCGGUCUCGUACCUGACGGGCACCGCGUUCUACCUGACGCGGGUGCCGGAAAGGUGGAGUCCCGGGACGUUCGACCUCGCGGGCCACAGCCACCAGAUCUUCCACGGGCUCGUCAUCGCCGGCGCGCUCGCGCACUACGGCGCCGCCAUCGUGUUCCUCAAGGCCCGCGACGAGAUGGGGUGCCCGGCCAAGUGAACGGCAACGCCGGCCAAGCCCGAACGCGUAGAGGCAUCGAGUGAUCGAGGAGUCAAAAGAAAUCGUUUUGGUUUGUGAGGUUCGCUUCUCUAGUGGUUACACUUUUACUUACAGCAGCAGCAGCAAGUGUGCAAUAUUGAUUAAUACCGUCCGGUGAAUGACAGUCAAUUGUUGCUACAGGUUCGAUCUCAAUUUGUACAUAGAAGCUUGAUUAUGAUUGAUUGAUUCUUUGUCUGUUUGACA